AUGAAUUCUAAUAAGGAAGAAGAAGACAUGAACCCUAAUAAUGUAGUGCCACCAAAGCCCCAGUUUAGAGCCUUGAGGGCUCAAGAGAUGUCCGAUGGGAAAGUUGAAUUUCGGAUGGUAUACGUUCCUCGCCAUCGAUACGCGCCUCUGAAGAAAGCAUGGGUGGAGAUCUACACACCAAUCUACGAAGAGAUGAAGGUUGACAUAUGCAUGAAUUUGAGGGCUCAAAAGGUGGAAUUGAAGACAAGAACAGACACACCCUACAUUACCAAUUUACAGAAAUGUGCAGAUUUCGUCCAAGCCUUCGUGCUGGGUUUCGAUGCCAUCGACGCCAUUGCUCUCUUGCGUUUGGAUGAGCUCUACGUUGAGUCUUUUGAGAUCAAGGAUGUUAGGAGACUCAGUGGACCGCAGCAGUUGUCUCGUGCGAUCGGUAGACUCGCCGGCAAAGGAGGUAAGAACAAGUUUGAGAUUGAAAAUUAUACCAAGACAAGGAUUGUCGUUGCUGAUCAAAAGAUUCACAUUUUGGGCUCAUUUGCUAAUAUUAAGAUUGCCAGAUCUUCACUUUGUCGCUCUAUUUUGGCCUCGCCUGCAGCCAAGAUAAGGGCUAAGUUGAGAGCUCUCUAG